AUGGAGUCCGCUAUUUAUCACUCGUCGUCGAUAAAUGGAAGCUCGUUUCUCCAAGCAGGCGACACAUUCUUGAACAGAGAUGGCAAUGACCAAAACGGGGAAGGUACCAGCUCCUCAGCUGCAGUCCAGAGAAGGAAGCGGUUUUCUGUCAAGCCCAAAGUGGCCCCAGGGCGCACCUCCGCCCUUUCUCGGACACCAAAGUCUCCUGUCAAGGCGGUCUCUGAAACUCCCGUUGAAGUCCCCGUCUCAGACCUUGAUAAGCCAACAACAUCCAGCCAAACUGGUGCUGCAGCAGCCCCUCAAGGACUCCAGUCCCCCAAACGACGAAGGCCUUCAGGAGAGAGUAAGCAGCCCAAAGUGCAACCUCCACCCACCCCGAUAUCGUCCGACUCCCCAGGACCUUCAGCUGUCCCUCAGGCUGAGGAAUCACCAGAACAAACCAACCUGCCAACAGACAGCGGCAAACAAGUAGAAAGCAAGUCAGGCAGUCGAGGAAAAGACGUUCCUGCCAGACCACCAGACAAAGUACCCCCCUCUCUACCAGACAAAGAAGCUGUUGAAAUAUCGGAGAAGGCCAAGACUCUUGUGUCAUUAAAGAGUGGACUUUCACUGUCACCAUCGGCGUUCUCCUUGAGUAGACUCCUGAAUGACCCGUCUGACUUACAGAGACUGGCGAAGGCCCAAAAGCUCAGAGAGUUGCUCAAACAGGAGAGACACAAAGAAAAGAAACUCAAGAAAGCUAAGACACGUCCAAAGGAAUAUACUUUAGAUCCUGCCAAAAUGACCAUGAGGGACCUUAUCCGUUACCUGCCACUGUCCAACCCCAUGACAUCUAGUUUAGAGGAGUCGGUUCAGGAGAAUGAGACUGUGGUUCCACCUUCACCAGUAAGAGAAGAGUCUCCGGAGAGAGCGCAGGAACCCGAAGACCUCCCUAAAGUGGCGAGCCCGAGGGGGGAGGAGGAAGAGGAGGUGGCAGAGGAGGAGGACCAGGAUGAAUCGCUCAUGGUUCCCCAGGUCAAAGUAGCAGAGGAUGGCUCACUGAUCAUUGAUGAAGAGAGCUUGACGGUGGAAGUCCAGCGGGCGAAAGGACCAAACCCAGCAAAGGAUCGAGACCCUAUCUUUGAGCGUGGGUCCACUACAACUUACUCGAGCUUCAGGAAAGGGACCUAUUCAAAACCCUGGUCCAGUGAAGAGACAGACAUGUUCUUCCUGGCAGUUAGUAUGGUGGGGACAGACUUUUCCAUGAUUUGUCAACUGUUUCCUCACAGAGCUCGAUCAGAGAUAAAGAACAAAUUCAAAAAAGAAGAACGAGAGAACGCCUGGAGGAUUGAUAAAGCUUUCAGAGAGAGGCGCAAGCUGGACAUAGAGUAUUUUUCUAAGUUGCUAGAAAAAGUUCUGGAGUUUCAGAAAAACAGGAAGAAACUGAAGAAACUCACUGAGAAGAACUCUCCCAAGAAGCACAAGAGAAAGGCAAAGGGUAAAAAAGCUGCAAAGAAACUGAGUGAUGUGGAGGAGGAAGAUGAGGAAGAUGAGAAUGAAGUCCCUGACUUGGAGGAUGAGGAGGAGGGAGAGAAAGAGAACGAGGAUCUCUGUAAUGAAGGAGGAACCCCUGUUGCUAAGCCUAAGAGGCAACGCAAAAGAAAGACUAAACAGGCUGCCAUGAACGAGGAGCCAAAAGAGAAGAAAAAGAAAACAGGUGAACAGAGUGAGGCCUGCACACCUGAGAACACUGAGGCAGCGCUCCCCGAAGACCGUACAAGUCCAGACAUGUCUGAAAAGACUGACAGUGUGGAUGCAUCCAAGGACACCGCAAUCAAGCCAGCUAAACUCUCACGAGGCAGAGCACCAAAGCCACUGCUGCCUUUGGGCAGGAAGUGGGGUAAAAAGGCCCCACCACCCUCCACAAAGGCCAAAGACACUGCAUCAGAUAAAGGGGACGAGAGUGUGAGCGAUGGAGCCUCAAAAGAACAGAAUAAAGAUUCAUCACCGUCAAGACAAGCCAAUAAGAGGAAGUCAGCCAAUGCUGACAUUUCCUCUGAAGAAGAGGAUGCCGCUGUCCAACAUCCGAGACCUACCAGGUAUGGGAGAGUGCCCAAACCCAUCAAUCCCUUGAAUUACCCCGCCAAAGAAGAUGCACACACCUCUGCAACUGACCCCACUCCCAGCUCACCAGAGGGAUCCACUGCUUCUGCUGCCAAGCCUAAACCCAAAUGCUCAGCCAAGAGGGGAAGAUCAUCAAAACAAAAAUCAACCCAAGAGUCCAAAAAGCCCAAACUAGUGACCCUCAGGGCCACUCGGUUAGAUUACAGUGAUGACGAGGAUGAAAAGCAGCGAGAUCAUGAAGAGAUUGAGGAGGAGGAGGAGGAGCAGCCUGCAUGUAGCCCCAGUAAAGACAGCAUUGCCCCUGUGUUCGUGCCUGCCAGCCUGCGCUCCCCACAGCCUGUGAUUUCAGAGGUGGAAGAGACUAUGGAGGAGCUUGAUAUCUUGGCCAAUAUGCCUGAUGUGUUGGGCAUCUCCCAAGAUGCACUUUGCCCCGAUGCCUCUUGCGAGCGGGCACAAAAUGAGACAGGCACAACUGAACCAUGUGAACAUCAAUUGGACCUGCUGGUUGAUGUUAUAGACUUCCUUUCUUCAGAACACACAGAAGUAUCAGAGGACGAGAGCUACAAUGAGGCUGCUCAAACCCUGUUGACCAUUGGCAACCUGACUCACCUGCCUCAGUCAGUACAGAAUCAACUAGACACACAAGAUCACAUAACAGGGACAACAUCAGUCAGUGUGAUAGAAACCACACAACACCUAGAAGAAGAAACUGCACCAAAGCCCGCUGCACUGCAAGAGGAAAACAGUGCCACUCCUCUUAUGUCUGGUCAUGGAGUCACAGAAACACCAGAGACUGUUGCUACUGUGGAUCCACAAUACAGCACAACAGACGGGGAUGAUUUUUCCACUAUUAAAACCAGUGAUCAGAUAUGUGUCGCGCAGAGCACUGUUUCUGAUAUGGACCCUAGUCCUCAAUUACAGUCAGGUCCGGAGAGCUCAAAGAAAGAUUCUCCACAGACGAGGAGAGGACGCUUAUCUAAGGUGAAACCUAAACCUAACCUUGGACGAGCCUCAAGGACCGCACAAGCCAAAUCCCCACCAGACACAUCAACAGCACAGAUAGCUGAAGACAGCAAUACAGAAGGAGCCGAUAUUCAAGUCACUGACUCCCUAUCAGCUCCUGAAGAAACAGCCCCUAAGAUACCAGAGUAUUCUCCAACGUUGUUAAUAGGUGACACCGUCAGUCAGGUAGAGUCAGGUGCAACAACAUCAGAUCAGAGCGCCUCAGAAAACCAGAGUCAAUGCAGAGACGCCAACCCAACUCCAAUCUCCAAAGUCCAUGACAAACCAAUUACAGGGGUUGAACUGGAAGCAACUUGUGGCACCUCUCUUGAAAACCCAAGUCAAAGCACUGGUCCUCCAUCCUUUGAUUUGGGCUCUACUCUUACACCCACAGAAGAACUGUCUACAACUGAGGGGGGAAGGACAGAUGAUGGACUUGUUGGUCAGGUAUACUUUGUUACAGCAACAUCAGAUCAGAGCACCUCAGAAAACCAGAACCUUUCUGAAGACCUUUUUGAAGAAAGUAAAACUCAUGGUGAAACGACUGAGAGUAGUAAUAACCUGGUGACAUCCGACUCAGUCCCAGUCCAAGAGAGCAGUGAUCAACCUGCUACAUGUGUUACACCUGUAGAUGAUUUACCCGUCAGUCAGAAAUCAGAGAGUGAAGUCGCAUCUACAUCUACAUGCCAGUCCAGAAGGAGUCGGCUGCAAAAAGUCAAACCUAAACCAAACCUACCAAAGACAUCGAGAACUGCUCGGUCGACAACUCAACCCACAAAAGAUCCUUUAGAGAAAGACUCCAGCCCAACUCCAAUCUCCAAAGUCCCUGACAAACCAAUACCUGGGGUUGAACCAGAAGCAACUUGUGGGACCUCUCCUGAAAACCCAAGUCAAAGCACUGGUCCUGCUUCAUUUGACUUGGGCUCUACUCUUACACCCACAGAUGAACUGUCUACAACUGAGGAGAGUAGGACAGAUGAUGGACUUGUUGGUCAGGUAUACUCUGUUACAGCAACAUCAGAUCAGAGCACCUCAGAAAACCAGAACCUUUCUGAAGACCUUUUUGAACCCAGUAGCAGAGACACAGGGUCGACCUCUGAGUCGACAGGUGAAAAAGGGACAGCUCAUGGUGAAACGACUGAGAGUAGUAAUAACCUGGUGACAUCCGACUCAGCCGUCAGAGAAUCUCAAGUUGAGGAAGACACAGCCCCAGUCCAAUGGAGGAGUGAUCAACCUGCUACAUGUGUUACACCUGUAGAGGAUUUACCCGUCAGUCAGAAAUCAGAGAGUGUAGUCACAUCUACUUGCCAGACUAGGAAAGGACGAUUUCAAAAAGUCAAACCCAAACCAAACCUAAUACAAACAACAAGAACUGCACAGUCUAAACCUCAAACCACAAAAGACCCCGUGACGCAUAUGCAGCUUGUGGAGAGACCCCCAAGCCCAAUUUCAAAGUCUGGAUCAACUGACAGUACAAUAGCAGAGGUAGAAGAACAGCCAAUUUGCAGUAUCACACUUCCUAUAAAACCAAGUCAAAGUACUGACACUGCUUCAGUUUCAGUACCAUCGUUGGAAUUGUGCAUGACUGAUAAACCGGCAGAGGAAUCGCCCUCAACUGUGGCACAAAAGACGGAUGUUGGACUAAACUCAAGCUCAGAGAGUUCAAAACCAACUGUACCUCAAAGAAGACGACACUUUCCCAAGGUCAAACCCAAUUUAGGAUCGUCCACCAGAACUACACAGACAAAAUUGCAGCCAAAGAAUAUCGGUAAACCCGCUGAACAACAAUAUACGGACACCUCUUCGCAUGUAACCUCUGAUGAUGCUCUGGCAACAUCUUUGGUUGCUGAGAAUCAGUCAGUGUUGACAGACUCCGUUCCUGAAAAUAAAAGCAGUGAGAAGUCAAGUUUUGAAAGGGACUCCGCAGGGGACAAAAUGUCAAAUAAUGACGGGGUCGAGGCUGGGCCUUCUUCACGUGGGGAUGUGUCCACUAGAGUUUCAGAGUCAAAUAUCCAACCACCAGAUGAUCCAGCUGCAGUUUCAGACGUUCAGUCUUCAGAAGAGGGCUCCACAGAGUCAAAAAUAAAUCCUGUAUUGGCUGCUGGCGCCUCCUCCAUACCAGAUCCAAAAGAAAGCAGCCCUCAGCCACGUUCAGAGAGUGACUCUGAGGUAAAAAGUCAAGAUGCAGCCCAACAAUAUUCAGAAACCAGGGAAACUAAUCAAACAUCAAACGACGAAUCUCAAUCUCCCCAAAGCGCUAACGAUGCAGAUGCAAAAGCCCCUCAAACUCCCAGAGGCAGGCUUAUUAAACCCAAACCAAACCUGGGAUGCAGCAGUGGAACUCCACAAGUCCAGAGCACAACACAAGCAGAAGCAGAUUCUGGUAGUCACUCAGAAGAUGUGCAUGCUUCAGUUUCUCACGAACCUGUGUGUGAGCUCCAACCUGACAUUCAGGAACCAGUAGAGGGAGCUGUUGAACCACAUAGUAGCCAAGAGUCCUCUCUAAAUGAUUCUGGGUCCUUGCUUGGCUGUUUAACAGAAAUCAUUGAACAACUGAGUCAGCAUGACUCCCCUAGAAAUGAUGCUGGAUCCUCUCUGGGUUGUGUGACACAAGCACAGGACCAUUCCUCUCAGAGCACAUCAACAUUGAGUAUAGACGGGACCCAAAGUCGUCCAAGUCUCACCAUAUUUCCAGAGAUGCUGUCGGAGCAGGUGCCUUCAGAUCCAGACGAACCGUUUUUCAUCCUCUCACUGACUGAGAUCCCAGUCUGCUCAUCAGGGCAGGUGGUGGACAGUGCAGCCGAGCCCCUCCCUUAUCUCCCUGCAGCAGAUGCAUCGAUAGAGCACCACAGCAGUGUUCCCGGAGAGAGUUUGGCAUCAGCGGGAGAGGGGUCUCUCUCUGAUGUCCCUGUGCUCAUGUGCACGGAGGAGAGUGGUGAAGUGGGUCACGUCGGUGUAAAAGAUGCUGGGCCGGACCCAGCUGCAUAUAUAGAUUCGAUCACGGAGAAUCCAGUGGAUCCACAUGAGAGUACCACAGGUCAGCCACCUGAAUCACCAGAGACUGCAGAGAAAGAUAAAGAGACUGAAAUCUCCCCCACCAAGCAGAGACCAACUAGAAGAAGAGCCAAAGUGCAGGUUAAGCCCAAUGCUACAAGGAAGAAACACGCCGGCAAGAGCCUUGCUACAAACACCGACCGGGACUCCGAACUUCCCGGGGCUUCCACGCAGCCGGACGCCUCUGAUGCAACCGCAAAAGGAGAUGACGAGGUUGACGCUGAGCCACAGAAAAGAAGCGGUAACAUUAAAAAGGAGGGUCCGGCGGGUGAGAAGGACCCUGAGGAUCGCAGCUCUGGAGUGCAAACUCGUACUACAAAGACAAGGGCGACCAGCGUCGGGAAUAGCGCUGCCCCUUCAAAUGAUCCUUCACCAGGCGAAGCAGCUUCCAGGGGCCCUAAGGUCAAAACUCCUCGCACAACGAGAAAACACUCUACUCCAGCGACACCUGUAGCCUCAACAUCACACAAUUUCGCUUCCACACACAAUCAGACACAGCUGCCAGACGACACCCACUCACCCUCUACCACUUCAUUAGCACUAACACAGGUGGAUAUUGAACUGACACCUGAACACAACCGACUAUGCUCAGACUCGACUCCUAGCACUUCCCGGUCCACAGAUGAGGUUUCAGCUUCCCAGGGAAGUUACUGCGUGGAGAGCAGCUCUACAGAGGAGGAGCCCACCAGUGUGUCUCAGUACUUCUUAACUGACAUUUUUACAGAGGUGGAAGAGGGAUGAAAAGCCACAGCGAGGUGGAGUAAGAUCUGCCAGUGGCUUAAUUUUUCGUUGUUUUCUCUGUAAAGGUUAAUUUAUAACAAAAAAAGCAGUUUUUUUGUUUUGUUUUGUUUUGUUUUGUUUGUUUUGUUGUCGGUUGUAAUAAAGUGAAGCUAAAUUUCCUGUUCUGACAAACACAUUUUCAUUUUCACUUUAACGAGCGCUUGUCAAAGUGAAAAUGUGUUUGUCACAUUAAUAACAAACACUGUUCAAUCACUAGUUUGACUGAAGGAGGUGGCAGCUUUUUCCCAAUAGUCCCAUCACUUUUCAAGCCUCAGAUCUUAAUUUGUUUAUUAACCAGCUGUGACUAUGUAAAUAUUGUACAUUGCAAACUGGAUUUUGUUUUUUAUUUUUCCUCCCGUAUUGGUUCAGUUUUAACACAACAUGAGUGUCAGGAAGAAAAACACAACCACAUUAGUCGACAGCAUGCACAGUCAUACAUUUAAAUAUAUUACCUUUUCAAUGGCUCUUCUGUGAAUUUCUCUCCUAAUUUUGAAUCAUUUAUUCUAACAACAUUUUUCUUUUAAUUUGUUUUUGAUGGAAAAAUUAUGUCUUAAAAUUGGCUUUUCAUUUAUAAAACAACGACAUCAGAUACGGAAUAUAAUUUAGUCACAUUGCAUCAAUAUGUUAUUAAAAUUCACGCCGUUGAGAGCAGAGGUAGUCAAAGGUUACUCAAGGAAAAUAACUAGACAUUUUGUUAUAUUGUAUAUAGUGUAGAUCAGUUGAACGCACCAAGAUGUCCUUGUACAGAUAUGCAGCGAUCAGAUUGUUAUGUUUGAUACUUGAAACAAAAACACAUCAUGUGUGUCCUUAAAUGUUUCAUUUACUCAUUUAAAGUAAAACAUUUGAAUUCUCCAUGAUCUGAAUAAAACGUUUUGCUCCACCACCGCUGGAUUCAGUCUUUAUCACAACGAUGACUGUACACGAUCUCCAAUACCGCAACUCAUGACCUCACAGAUUAGUGGAAUCACAUCUCUCUGACUCAGUCACUAAAAAUGGUACAUUACUGUUUGCUGUAUGUAAAAGUAUUUUUGAAGCACUCCUGUGUACUUUCUAUUUAAUAAACUGUAGAA